AUGAGCGGAAGAGGCAAAACCGGCGGUAAAACUAAGUCUAAGGCCAAGACUCGAUCAUCCAGGGCCGGACUGCAGUUCCCCGUGGGUCGUGUGCACAGGAUUCCGCGUAAAGGUAAUUACGCCCAGCGCGUCGGUGCCGGCGCUCCGGUUUACUUGGUUUAUGUUUACGUGCUCGAGUAUCUGACUGCUGAGAUCCUCGAGUUGGCUGGCAACACCGCCCGUGACAACAAGAAGACCCGUAUCAUUCCCCGCCACCUGCAGCUCGCUGUGCGUAACGACGAGGAGCUGAACAAUCUGCUCGGAGGAGUGACCAUCGCUCAGGGAGGUGUACUGCCCAACAUUCAGGCCGUGCUGCUGCCAAAGAAGACUGAGAAGGCCGUCAAGACCAAAACCUAUCUAAACUACAAGAUGAGCGGAAGAGGCAAAACCGGCGGUAAAACUAGGGCUAAGGCCAAGACUCGUUCAUCCAGGGCUGGGCUGCAGUUCCCCGUGGGUCGUGUGCACAGGAUUCUGCGUAAAGGUAAUUACGCCCAGCGCGUCGGUGCCGGCGCUCCGGUUUACUUGGCCGCCGUGCUCGAGUAUCUGACCGCUGAGAUUCUCGAGUUGGCUGGCAACGCCGCCCGUGACAACAAGAAGACCCGUAUCAUUCCCCGCCACCUACAGCUCGCUGUGCGUAACGACGAGGAGCUGAACAAACUGCUCGGAGGAGUGACCAUCGCUCAGGGAGGUGUACUGCCCAACAUUCAGGCCGUGCUGCUGCCCAAGAAGACCGAGAAGGCCGUCAAGACCAAGUGAACUCUUUCACCGCUGCGUUUCUCACCACCCAAAAAGGCUCUUUUAAGAGCCACC